AUGUCUAAGACUAAAGCUACCAAGCCUACCGCCGACAAGAAGGCCAAGAAGGCCGACGCCCCUUCCAAGGUGAAGGAGGGCCGCGUCACCAAGGCUUCUCAGACCCCCAAGGCCAAGAGCAAGGAGAUUGCCAAAUCUGCUGCCUCUGGCGCCGAUAAGAAGAAGAAGUCCAAGAAGGCUCCUACUCCUGAGCCUGAGUCUGAGUCUGAGGAGUCUGAUUCCAGCGCCUCUGAGGAGGACAGCUCUGACAGCGAGGAAGAGACCACGACCAAGGCUAAGACCAACGGUGCGGCUAAGGCCAAGGUCGAGGAGCCCAGCUCCGACUCUUCCGAUAGCGAGUCCGACAGUGACGAGGAGAUGGCUGACGCUCCUGCUAAGGCUGCCACUCUCGCCAAGGCUGCCGCAAAGAAGGAUGAGUCUGAUUCUUCCGAUUCUGACUCCGACUCCGAGAGCGAGUCUGAGGAGGAGGCCAAGCCGGCUGCGAAGGAGGCAAAGGCUGAUGCCUCUUCGGACGACUCUGAUGACUCUGAUGAUUCCGAUGCCGACUCGGACGACUCCAGCGACAGCGAUGAGAAGGAGGCUCCCUCCAAGAAGCGCAAGGCCGAGGCCGAGGCUGAGCCUGUUGUCAAGAAGACAAAGACUGAGGCUUCUGGCGAGGAGGGCAUCAAGAACCUGUUCGUUGGCAACCUCAGCUGGAACGUCGAUGAGGACUGGCUGUCUUCCACUUUCGCGCCCUACGGCACGAUCGAGGGCUGCCGCAUCAUCACCGACCGCGAGUCUGGUCGCUCCAAGGGCUUCGGAUACGUUGAGUUCAGCACUGCCGACGCAGCAAAGUCUGCUAAGGAGGCUCUCCACGACUCUGACCUUGACGGCCGUGCCCUCAACGUCGACUUCAGCCAGCCGCGCCCCCCGCAGCAGGACAAGGGCGCUGCUCGCGCCAAGCAGUUUGGUGACAAGCGUAGUGCGCCUAGCAACACUCUGUUCAUUGGCAACCUCUCCUUCGACUCUACCAACGACACCAUCGGCGAGGCCUUCAGCUCCUUCGGCGAGAUCACCCGUGUUUCUCUGCCCACGGACCGCGACACUGGUGCCCCCAAGGGUUUCGGAUACGUCGAAUUCGGCUCCGUCCAGGAGGCCCAGGCUGCCCUUGACGGUCUGAGCGGCCAGGAUGUUGAUGGCCGUAGCAUUCGCAUCGACUUCGCGGCUGCUCGUGACAACAACGGUGGUGGCGACCGUGGUGGCCGUGGCGGAGGUCGCGGUGGCUUCGGUGGUCGCGGCGGCGGUCGUGGCGGCCGUGGAGGCUUUGGUGACCGUGGAGGACGUGGCGGUCGCGGAGGUUCCCGCGGCGGCCGUGGUGGUUUCUCGACCAACCGUGGCGGCUUCGGCGACUUCAAGGGCUCGAAGAUGACCUUCUAA